AGGGUAUGGAAGGGAGGGGUUAUGAUUGGCUGAAGUGGGUUUGUUGCCUUGGCGACGGAGAGGGGUUUGAUAGCGUUGCUGUGCGGCGUGAUCUGCGCGUUGCGUGUAUGAGGAAGCAGCUGCGGAUGUGAUCUCCGACACUGUGAGAAACUGAGACAGACACCUGAACACACGAUUCCAGCCAUACUGCUAUUUUACAGGAACCGCGUGCAUGAUUACCUCCCUGGUUUAAUGGGUCCAAUCAUCGGGAUGUCGCCGGAUAAGAAAGCGGAAACGCCGGGGAUGCAGGGGGAAAGGGUGGGACUUAGGGGUUUGUGUGGGGGGGCGGGGACUCUCCCAGAGGCAGAGUGCGGUGCAGCCAGCCCAUUGGCCACCAGUCUGGACAGGGGUUCCGUUGGUUCCGGGGGCUCUGAGGAUGACGAGCUCACCAACCUCAACUGGCUCCAUGAGAACCUGCUCCAGAACUUUACGCUAGGGGGGGCCGGCGAGGCCGGGGCCCAACACAGUGCCAGCCCCCUCUUUGACAUUGAGGGCAACACCGGAGCCCCACAGAACCCCCCCUCUUCAUCCUCUUCCUCCUUGUCACAGAGGGACUCGUUGAAGUCCAAGCCUCCCUUCUCAUUCUCUCUGUUGAUCUACAUGGCCAUAGAGCAGAGCCCCAGUAAGAGCUUGCCAGUGAAGGACAUCUAUGGUUGGAUCGUACAGCACUUCCCAUACUUCUCCUCGGCCCCCACUGGCUGGAAGAACAGCGUCAGACACAACCUGUCACUCAACAAGUGUUUCCGUAAGGUGGAGAGGAGCCUGGGAAAGCUGAAUGGUAAGGGUUCUCUGUGGUGUGUGGACCCAGAGUACAGGCCCAACCUGAUCCAGGCGCUCAAGAAGCAGCACUUCCCUGCAGCACAUGCCUUCUGCACACCGCCUGCCUCCCCACCGCCUGACUCCUCACCGCCUGCCACCUCACCCCAUAGACAUCUCUUCCUGCCGGGCUGCUCUCUCAAAGAGUCUGACAUAGAUGCUGCCACUGCCAUGAUGCUCUUAAACGCCGCCCCUGGCCAUCACCAUGCCAAUCCAUGUGAUCCAGAGAGUCCCUUGGACCUGUCCCGGCCAGACUUGGUCCUGGUGAGCAGCGAUCCUAACCAGGACCACAACUACAGCAGUAUGGCCCUGCAGCGCUGCUCCUCCCGCUCCUCCUCCUCCUCCUCCCUCGACGAUGGAGGCCCCUCCCCUGGCCAUGCCCACCACAGGCCCCGUACAUGUCGCGCUGGCAGUGAGGGUUUCCAUAGUGACGAGGACGACUCUGACCUCGGGGACCGGGAUGAGAGAGGCGGCCGCCCCCGGCCUGCUCCUCGCCGCUCCUCCUCCUCCUCUUCUGUGAAGCACCCGGCGGGUAAGAGGGCCCGUAGGGAACUGACAGCCAACCCAGAGCUGGAUGAGGAGCUGAAGGAGGCGGCCGGGUCUCUGCUCCACCUGGCUGGGAUCCGUACCCCCAUGGACCUUAACAAACGGAGUGCCAAGAGCAAAAAACUGAACAGGAAAUGAGGUUGUCAUACUUUCCUGCCCUUGCCCUCAGACUCCUGUAACCCCUGACCCCUGAUCUGAUCAUGUGUCCUGAUUGGUCUUGGUUGUGCCUCCUUUUCUGGUUGCUGAUUUUAAGCCUGUUUUUGGUUUGACACAUGAUGGGAUAUCCCUCACUAUCCAACACAACAAAUGGCAAUAGUAUCAUUGACACAGGAGAACAAAGCCAUAUUGAGACUUUUGAAACUGGGGUGUAUCAGGUGGGUGGGUCAGGGUAAAACAGGGGUGUUUGAGGACUACUGAGAAUAACCAUCACAAAACUGCUUGUUGUUUCUGAUGGCUUCGCUGCAGAUCCUUACAACACAAAUAAUGUUUUGAGGGAUAAGACUGGAAAAGCUGAAACUUUAAAACUCAAAGCGUUGCAUGCUUCCUCAACUUGUAUCCUCUUCCAAGUGAACCUAUUUCUAAGAGAACGAGUGCAUGUCUCUAACAAACUAACCUCUCCUCAUGUUGAAGUCAGUUUCUCCAUGCUGAAGAUACCACUGUUUUUUGAUAGGUGACAUCCUUGGUCUGGAAAACCUUCCAAAGAGAGAUGUAAUAACUUAAACCACUUUUUGUAUUUUUCCUGGGUUGAUGAUGGUACUGCUGUUUAAAAACAACAGAUUAAAGUAGUGCGGCUGAUCGUAAACAUCCUUCCACGGAGUGGAACGCUGGACUGGGUCCAUGUCAGGGUUUAAUAGCAGGGAAUGGAAAUGUAACCAAGGGAAUGUUGGAACUCUGAUACUGCCAUGGUGGGCAGGGAAAUUAAAUAAAGGUGUCCGACUGCUAGAUCAGGAAGAGUCCACUCUAGUCCUACUCUGAGAGAAACAGAAUUACAUCUAGAUCAGGAAGAGUCCCUCUAGUCCUACUCUGAGAGAAACAGAAUUACAUCUAGAUCAGGAAGAGUCCACUCUAGUCCUACUCUGAGAGAAACAGAAUUACAUCUAGAUCAGGAAGAGUCCACUCUAGUCCUACUCUGAGAGAAACAGAAUUACAUCUAGAUCAGGAAGAGUCCACUCUAGUCCUACUCUGAGAGAAACAGAAUUACAUCUAGAUCAGGAAGAGUCCCUCUAGUCCUACUCUGAGAGAAACAGAAUUACAUCUAGAUCAGGAAGAGUCCACUCUAGUCCUACUCUGAGAGAAACAGAAUUACAUCUAGAUCAGGAAGAGUCCACUCUAGUCCUACUCUGAGAGAAACAGAAUUACAUCUAGAUCAGGAAGAGUCCACUCUAGUCCUACUCUGAGAGAAACAGAAUUACAUCUAGAUCAGGAAGAGUCCCUCUAGUCCUACUCUGAGAGAAACAGAAUUACAUCUAGAUCAGGAAGAGUCCCUCUAGUCCUUCUUUGAGAGAAACAGAAUUACAUCUUCAUUGCAUUAGAACCUACUACUCUUCAUCGCUCUUCCUCUGCUGACCCCUCUAAUUCUGUCAUACAUUGUGUUUUUAGUGUGUAAACUGAGAAAUUACAUUUAAUAUAUUCUAUCCUGUCUUGUCCUAUUAUGUCUUGUUCUAUCUUAUCCUAUGCAAGGUGUAGUGUAGACUGAUCUGGCUGAAACUGAGCAAAUGUUGUUGUAACCAUAGUGAUACCAAGACAAUGCGCUUGGCAUGAGGGCACUCACUGGCAGAUGUGCUGCUCAGUUUUCAAUCAUGUAAUACUAGUCACACCUACUCGAACGUUAGUAUUCAGGCCAAAGGGAAGUUGAAACAAAGAUGUUAUAAUAAUGUUGUUGUGAGGUUAGAUGGACAAUGUUGUGAGAGACUUAUUGUACUACUGCCCCUCCUGAAUGGUGUUUGCUGACCCUGUGGCAGAGUUCAGAAAGUGGUGACAGAAAGAGGCUUUGCUUCGUCUUGUUCCCCGUUAAGGAAACACUGAGGGCAAAAUCAGGAAGUGCACCACUCUUCUCUACACUGUACAGUAAUGUGUUUAGGGCCAGUUGAUUACAUCGAGUUCAGUGACGGAAAGUACAGGAUGUGGAAACAGAACUUGUGUAGUGAUGAGGCCAGACUGAUGCUCUUUGGGGCUUGCAUGUAUUAACUUGCAUUAGUAAGAAAAAUGCCAAUAUGCCCAUAUGAUUAGAAUAGCUUUUAGUUGGUGCACUGCAGUACAGUGUACUGUCCUCUGUCAUGAACCAACUUAAGUGCAAGUUAGGUUUCCACUUGUGUUGUAUCACAGGAAAUGUUAAAUUAAGUCACGUUAGUAAGUAUAGAUUGUAUGCAGUGCCAAACAUGAAUUUGUGUCACAGAAGUGGAACUACCAAGGCCAUUGCAACCAUCUUCCUCUUCUCACAACAUUUGUGACUGACAGUAACGUUGUUGCCCCUGUUUUUUAGAAGCCUGCCAACAGGAAAUGUAGGAGAACUCUGACCUAGUCUGAUAUUCAGUUUAUUUUGGUUGUUCUGGAAUGGGAAUCGCCAUAUUCUUUGAAAGGGGAUUUUGUUCUUAGAACUAAACUGCAGUUCUCCUAAAUAAGAUGGACAUGGAAUACACUGGUCUUAACUGGCUGUGAAUAAACAAAGAACAAAUGAAUGGUGUCCAUCAAAUGUAUAAUUAAUUUAUAAUGGACUAUUGAAAGGAACUUCUAUCAAAUAAAAGGUCAUUUGAAGUGAGUGGAAAUUACUUCCUCUCUCCCUUCUGGAAAAUCCUUUUGAGACUUAUUUAGUUUUAUUUUCUAAAUGAUAUUUUACUGCCAUAGACCACUAUUUUCACUGUUAUAGUGAUAGUGUGUCUGAGAAAGUACUGUAUAUGGCCAAUGUAUAUUGUCUUUCGAGCGGGUGUUUUUCAAUUUAACCAUGACUGCCAAGUUUUCCAAUGUUUUGUUGUUGGAUAAAAGACUAUUGAUUAACAUGGAUUCUGAACCAUUUGUUUUUGUUGUGCCAACUGUGAUGAUGUAGUGAGAAGCAAAGGUGGACAUUUCAGAUGGCAUUCCCUAUCUUGAUAGGGAAAGUUGAUUUGAUCAUCAUAAAGGUGUUGAAGUUUAUCUGAAUUUGUACUGUUUGUUUUCGAUAAUAUUCUGACUGCCCUAAGUAGUCACACCAUAGAUAUUAGUUGUCACCCCCUCUCCAUGUUAGGAUCCUGCCACCACAGAUGUCGCCUACACUUACUGAAAUUAAAAACCCACAUUUGAGGGUUGCCCUGGUGUUAGUCUUGGUACCACCAUGGACUUCUGUUUAAACUUAGAUAGUUGAGGACAACUUCCAGUAACUUGUUCAUGCUGUUGCUAGAGGAAAGCUCUUAUCAGACUCAACAUGAAGAUGAUCCUGAGUCUCUCAGUAAGUUUUUUUUAUUUUUAUACUGAACAAAAAUAAUGCAACAAGCAUUUUUACUGAGUUUUUUUUAUAAGGAAAUAAAUAAAUUAGGCGCUAAUCUAUGGAUUUCACAAGGGUACAGCCAUGGGUGAGCCUGGGCACCAGACCCAGCCAAUCCGAAUGAGUUUCUCCACAAAAAGGGCUUUAUUACAGACAGAAAUACUCCUCAGCAUCUUAGACUAAUAAACACGAUGAGGCACCCUAGGGGUCUGUAUCGUCACCAAUAAUGUUCACUUGACAUGGUGACAGAUUAUGCUAAACUCAAAGCUGCAUACAUAGGAUGCUUCAUUGUUUGAAAAUGUGUUGUAUUGAUUAUCCGUUUUUAUUUUCUGUUGCAAUUUAUUGAUUAUGAUAAAGCGUUUAGUCGCAUUGAACUAACUAAAGCUGCCGACCCAGUAUCCUUCAGUCGUCUGCCAUGUCUGUUAGACAGACCUUUUGGUUUUUGUAUGCUAACCUCUUAAUAAAAUGUUUAUAAAGUUUAUUUUCACCAAAGAUAUGCAAUUUGCAUUAUAUACAGUAUUACAAAAUAAAUAAAAUCUUGUUUUAUUUUUGGG